AUGGUCGAUUCAAUAGAUCAGCUAUCACAGAACUCAUCACAGUUGAGUGAGGAAUAUAAGCCAAAGAAUUUUGCUCCUUCUCCAGAUUUUCGUUGGCUCUGCGAUGAGCUUUUAGCCAAACUCGAUGACAUCAACAAGAAUCGUCUGAAAUAUGGCAAGUCUGUCACUGUCAAAAACGUAGAAACUAUAAUUUACUUCAUCAAACUUUGGCGGACCACUGUUGGCAAUGACUUUUUUCCGGUGUUGCGGCUAAUCCUACCCUACAGAGAUAUACGGACUUACAAUAUUAAGGAUUUCACCUUAAUCAAGGCGAUCUGUAAAUCUCUAAACUUACCCAGAGACUCCCCUACCGAGAAAAAGCUGAUCAACUGGAAGCAGUAUGCUGCGCGAGGCACCAACUUAUCUGCCUUUUGCGUGGAGGAAAUAGCCAAGAGAAGAAAGGAACCCGAGGUUGUCACCGCUAUGUCCAUCGAUAAACUCAACGAAGUUCUGAACGAGCUGUCGAAAGAGGCUUCUACCAAGAAGUGGGGGUUCACUGGUCUAUCAGACUCGCCCUCUUUCAAAUACUGCCUACAGAACAUGUCGUUUUUGGAGCUACGAUACUUCUUCGACGUAAUCCUUAAGGUUAGAGUAAUUGGCGGAUUGGAACACAAGUUCUUGAGCUGCUGGCAUCCUGAUGCUCAAGACUAUUUGGGCGUCGUCUCAGAUUUGAAAGUCCUCGCUGAUAAACUUUGGGAUCCUUUGAUGAGAUUAGGACGGAAAGAGCUGUCGAUAAACUUAGGACACGCUUUUGCUCCCCACCUUGCCAAAAGGCUACAUAUAUCAUAUGAAAAGGUCUGUGCGAAGCUCAAAAAUGAUUUUCUGCUUGAAGAAAAGAUGGAUGGGGAGAGGAUUCAACUUCAUUAUAUGGAAAAUGGUGGUCGCUUGCGUUUUCUUAGUAGACGCGGUACUGAUUAUACGCACUUGUACGGCGAAAGUAUACAUCGUGGCGUUAUAUCGCAAUUCUUGAAAUUCCGGGAGGAAGUCAACGACUGCGUUUUGGACGGAGAGAUGGUGAGUUUUGACAAAGAACGGAAAGUAGUACUUCCUUUUGGAAUUGUUAAAACAGCUGCAGUGGAGGAGAUUAUAAAUGCAAGCUCGAGUAUUGAAAAAGAGGGAUAUCGUCCUCUUUACAUGGUUUUUGAUCUUGUGUAUCUCAAUGGUGUCUCUCUCACCAGGCUUCCUUUGCACGCGCGUAAAGAGUAUCUCAGACAAAUAAUCACGCCUGUACCAGAUGCUGUGGAGAUUGUGUCUGCUCUCGAGUGCACUGAUCAUACUGCUAUCGAAACUUCUCUUCAAAGGGCAAUCGAGAUGGGCUCGGAGGGACUCAUUUUAAAGCAAAGGUCUUCCACAUACGAUGUUGGCGCGCGCAACGAUCAAUGGGUCAAAAUCAAACCCGAGUAUUUCGAAGACCUGGGAGAAAACAUGGAUCUGAUUAUUAUCGGCAGGGAUCCCGGUAAAAAGGACUCGCUUAUGUGUGGUUUGGUCACAUAUAUCAAUGACACUUGUCAAAACGGCAAGAUACCCAACCUCGACGGUGAUAAAGAAUCGGAUCUCUCGAAUCUGAAAGUAUUUUCUUUCUGCAAUGUUGCCAAUGGUGUCUCAGAUGCUGAAUUCAAAGAAAUUGAACGGAAAACGAGAGGUCAUUGGAAAUCGUUUGCAGAAAAUCCGCCGCCGAGCGACUUGUUGGAGUUUGGCACAAAGUUGCCGAAUGAGUGGAUUGACCCCCGCUCGUCGCUUGUGCUGGAGGUGAAGGCAAGAUCCGCUGACAACAACUUGAUUUCGAGAAAGAAGUACAAGGUGGGAAGUACACUUCAUGGCGCUUAUUGUCGAAGGAUUAGAGAUGAUAAGGACUGGACGGCUUGUGCCACAGUGGAACAAUACCUCCAGGCCAAAAUCGCCCACAAUUAUCGCUCCUAUAAGAAGAAGGCACAUCAGCUGUCACCUCGAAAGAAGAAGGUGCGGAAGUUUGUGAGGCUCGAUGACUUCGAGAGUGACGCAGCGGAAAACGCAUCGCAGGAAAGCAGUUUAUUUGAGGGCAUGCGAUUCUACAUUUUAGGCGACUAUGUGGAUUCUGAUGGGCAGCGAUAUGACAAGAGAGCGAUUGCUAAUCAAAUCAGUAGGAAUGGUGGGCUUUUGAUGCAUAAUAUGACAGUGAAACCAGAAGAACUUUCCCACCUGUGGAUUGUUGGCAGGAAAGCUACAAUUGAAUGUAAAUCCUUAUUCGAUCGAGGGUAUGACAUCGUGGACCCGAGCUGGGUUUUCGACUGCAUAUCAGCUCACAUGAGGCUGAAUUUAGAACCCAAGCACUGUUUCUAUGCGUCGAGCAGAUUGCUUGAAAAUAGCAGAAAGAGGGUGGACAAUUACGGUGACAGUUUUUGUCGACCUUUAAACAAUUCAGAAUACGACCAGCUCAUUCAAAAUUCGCAUGAAAAUAUCGAAGAACACUCGCAAACAUUCUCAGAGCUGGAGGAAGCUCCACUUUUCAUGCUUCAACGCUACAAGAUUUUCGUCGCGAAGAGCGAUUCAGUACAAGAAAAUCUGGGUACAGUGAAAAAGACCAUAGAACAAUUUGGCGGUCGCAUAGCAGAGAACAUCCGCGAGUGCAACCUUGUAUUAUCAUACAAUCCAACAGAAAGUGAUCCGCUUUUCGGGCAGACAUUGAGAAAACAAGUCGCUACUGAGUUUGUCCAGGAAUACUCGCAGAGAAAUCCCAUUCCAAGAAUCGUGAAUUAUACCUGGCUUAAGGAAUGCUUAAAAGAAGAGUGUUUAGUGCCAGAGGAAGACUAUCCUUGCCUAUAA